ACCUCGCACCAGCAGUAGUAGGUAACCGGUACUUCUUUGGAUCCUGUAAAUGCUGCAUCAACCUGGAGCAUCACGACGGUGGGCCUCACAGCUGGGCUGUGGAAGGAUUUAGAAUAGUGAUAAUUGUUGGAUCUGCUUCACCCACAUUGAAAAGCAUCCCUGAGGGCUCCAUUCUGCUCUGGGAAGGAGUCACUACACUGGUUGGCUGUGGACUGCAGACUCAAACAGCAUGGGGGACUUCCAGCAGUUUGAGCAGGACUUCUACCAGACAGGAUAUUACAUCGAUGACCAGGGCCACACCGUGGCUUACUGCGAUGGCUACGAUUCCACAGACCCGGCCUAUUACGACACUGGAGCACAGGCGUUAGUGGCGGGGGCUCUGGAUCCUUCCAUGGAGCAGCAGUACACUGGACAGUUCUUCCAACCUGCAAUGCCUUCUGGGACCGUGGGAGGCACAGGAAUAGAUUCUCCUGAAGAGGAACCGCCACUCCUUGAGGAACUUGGCAUCAAUUUUGAUCACAUCUGGCAGAAGACUCUGACAGUGUUGAACCCCUUUAAGCCAGCAGAUGGCAGCAUUAUGAAUGAGACGGAUCUGACCGGUCCGAUCCUCUUCUGCGUUGCACUGGGGGUCACUUUAAUGAUGGCAGGUAAAGUCCACUUUGGUUACGUGUACGGGAUCAGCGCUGCGGCCUGCAUCGGGAUGUACAUCCUGCUGAGUCUCAUGAGUUCCCUGGCUGUGUCUUAUGGCUGUGUGGCCAGUGUCCUGGGCUACUGCCUCCUGCCCAUGGUGGCCCUCUCUGCAUUUGCUGUCUUCCACUCGUUGCAAGGCAUCCUGGGUACACUUCUGGCAAUGUUAGGAAUUUGUUGGUGCAGUCUCUCUGCCUCCAAGAUCUUCAUCUCCACCCUGGCGAUGGAUGGCCAGCAGCUGUUGGUGGCUUACCCAUGUGCCCUGCUCUAUGGGCUCUUUGCUCUGCUCACUGUUUUCUAAUUAUCACCAGAUUCAACGCAAAAUAUGUAUUUUUCCA